AUGCCGUCUCUCUGGGGCUACAUCCGCGGCAUGGUGUCGCCGGCGCGCUACGAGCUCGUCGACAACGACAAGGACCGCCACGACCACGACCGCCCGUCCUGGAGCUCGCCCUCGCUGUCGUCGCUGUCAUCUCUCUCGUCCUCCUCCUCGCACUCUUCGUCCUCGUCGCACACGGCCGCCUGGCCCGACUCGCCAUCACAAACACCACGCCACCGCAACAUCCUGUCCCUGCUCGCGCGUCGGCUGCGGCGAAGCACCACCACGCUGCUGCUGAUUGACCUGCUGAUCAUCGUCGUUCUUCUCGUGGCCUUUGAGCCCCUCAUCACCCUGCUGCGCCGCAACAAGGAGUUCUUUGGCCCCCGCGUCGUGCUCUCGGGCCCGUCCAGCGUCGACGCCUGGGACCCGGCCGGCGUCACCGCCGCCAAGAACGCGCUCGGCGUGCCGCUCCCGCCGCCGCCGCCGCCACCGCCCGCUGCGAAGCGCAACGCCAUCCCGCGCAUUCUGCACCAGACAACGGCCACCGACGUGGUCCCGGAGAAGUGGCGCGCGUCGCAGCAGUCGUGCAAGGACGCCUACAAGGGCUUUGAGUACAAGCUCUGGACCGAUGCGUCGGCUCGCGCGUUCCUGGCCGAGGAGUAUCCCUGGUUCGUCGACGUCUGGGACAACUACGUCUUCCCCAUCCAGCGCGCCGACGCCAUCCGCUACUUUGUCCUGUACCACUACGGCGGCAUCUACCUCGACAUGGACACGUGGUGCAACGCGAGCUUCCCGCUCGAGCGCAUCGAGGCCACCCCCGACGACACCUCGGACGCCGCCCAGCACCGCGCCCUCUUCAAGUCCACGCUGCCCACCGGCAUCACCAACGACUUUAUGAUCGCCUCCGCACGCCACCCGGCCUAUGCGUCCGCCAUUGCCCAGCUGCCGCUCUACAACGCCCUCACCCACUUCUGGGCCCGCUGGCAGCCGUACGCCGUCAUCAUGAUCUCCGCCGGCCCCAUGUUCCUGACCAUGGUCGUCAAGGACUACCUGCAGACCCCGCCCUACGCCCUGCACGCCCGCACCAUUGGCGUCAUCAACGGCACCGAGCUCAACCCCUUCAUCACCGACCUCGAGAGCGCCACCUGGCACCAGGGCGACGCCAAGGCCCUCAUGUGGAUCGGCACGCGGCCCUGGACCUGGUUCGGCAUGGGCGCCAUCGGCCUCAUCAUCGGCCUGUUUAUCGUGAACCGUCUGCUGACGUGGUGCUACGGGUGUGCGCGCGGGUCGCGGUCGUCGUUGUCGUCCACAGAGGGCGGUCUCCUCAAGCUGUCGAAAAUCGUAUGA